ACGGAAUGGAAGCGGCAGCUUCAGUCGCUCGCGAACCUCCACCGUGGAAGCUUCUCCCCGCGUGCGUAGACUUUUAAUCUGUACUACACGGAGCCCAAUCGAAGAAACGCUAACGCGCGCCGGCAGAAAAAAAAUUAACUACCACCCUUGUUCUGUGCUCGUGACUUUAAUUAGUGAAUUUCGAUUAAAAAAAAAUUCGCUUUGAUGCGAAUAACGUGAAUGUAAGUGAACGAGAAUGAGGACGAUUCUGUUCGCACCUUUUUACCUGUGCAUCGACGAAUUCGGAGAGUAAAUUAGAGGGAGAACAGAGCAGGUGGAAAUCAUGCGGAGGUGUACGCUUCUAAUUCUUUGCGUCGCAGGCAUAUCGGCUGCCGUGGCACAUCCGUACAAUGUCAGUAUUAAUCCAGCAGUUACGAGCAGGUCUAGGAUUGGCCGACAGAACGAAGCCGUAAAGCGAUACGCGUGUCCCAUAGGAUUCUUCCGAUUAAAAAGAUAUUGCUACUAUUUAAGCGGAGGCACGGCACCCUGGAGAGAAGCCUAUUUCCAUUGCAAAGAUAGAAACGCCACUCUGGCGAUUCUCGAUCGGAAUGGAAAGGAUCGAAUGCUGAGAAAAUACCUGUCGAGUGAUCAAUUCACAAAAUUAGAGAGAUGGAUCGGUGGGAUAUUCAACUGGCAGCAAAUGGCUUGGGAAUGGGGAGUGACUGGGCAGAAAAUGGUUUUCCAAAAUUUCGGUCUACCUCAAUCCAACCACUCGAAGCAACAGUAUGCAUGGCACUGUGUCACGAUCGAUCCCACGUUAAAAUAUAAGUGGAGCCCGCGAAGCUGCGUCGAACGGAAACACUAUGUGUGCGAAGUGCAGGCUGGACGCAUACCCAGAAGACGCAAGAAGACAGCGGAUCCGUUUGCACCGCAAAACCAAAGAUUAAAGCACCAAAAGAAGGGCAAGAAAUACUCGAAAGACACGCAGAAACCGAACAAACAGAAGAAGCAGAGAGGAUGGAGAAGAAAUUUCGCCGAGCAGAAUAUGAACGAUUAUUGGGUGCACGGUGUGAAGUUGGGUUCAAGGCCACCAACCAACGCGAAGGCCAUGUAUCCACGCCCUCGAAUGAGACAUCAUCAGAACAGAACUCAACCGAAUUAUCCUCGAGUCCAACAAGUCGCGCCUCGGGGACACGAAUACGGUGCAUUUCUACGCGACGGACCAAGCGGCGGCCCACAAAGUCUAACAGAUACGAGCAAAGUCUUUCCUCAAAGCCCUGGCAAGAUUAACGACUUGGCCAGUGAGGAAGUUCUGAUAAAGCCAUAAACACAAUUACACGCACUAUUUAUUUUAACUUCUCAUUUGGUAGCUUUAAAUAUCAUCGAUCAAUCUAUCAAGCAUUCGCAAUCUUUUCCCAAUCAAGUAAAGAGUUAAUUCUCAUUUCGAUUUCGUUGCACAGUAAAAUCAUCUAGACGCUAUACGUACGCUAUGAUGCUGCUGAAAUCCAGCAGAGACUGAAGUAAUUUAUUCAUAUCGAUCGGCGAAGCAGUUUCUCAUGUUCCUCUCUUUAAUAGAUCUUAGAUUCUCGAAUAUGUAUAUGUCUAGAUAGUAACGUUACCUCGAGUCGGUAGAUUUAAUAACUUCGAUGUUCGCGUAUCGAGUACGAUGUGUUCAAAUUUCAUUCUUUUAUUUAAUCUACGCGCAUUAAAUGCGUAUAAACUAUUUGCGAGUUGCAAUGUUUCGCUUGUCGUUAGAUGUUAAAGCGCUCGAAGGCACGCAUAGAAGAUAUUUAAUUGCAAACUAAUUAUUAUCACUUUGCUUUAUUUAAAUUUAAAUGUAUCUCAGAAUUCUUUCUAUAUAAUUGCCCUCGCAAAAAGCACUUGCUGAAAAAUCUGUUUUCACGUUAAACAAAUGUUUAAAAUAAUAAUAAAAACACGGUAGCAAGUAGUGUAUCAUAUCAGAACUGCUUAAAUAUCAAUAGCUUUAUGCUGACUACUUUCUAGAUGUACCCCAUUACGAAUGAACAAUGCACUGAAUGCAUAUCAAUGUCACUCAAAAAACGAAAAUAUAUAUAUAUAUAUAUCUGAUGUUUAUCCAUAUAUUAUUUAGUCUAUCAGUUUGAAAUAUGUCAAGACUCUUAUUUUUUAUUCCUUAGUUUAAACGAUACUGUAUAAAUAAUUACGAUAGAAUAAAACUUUUUUACUGAUAAAAUACUUUUUAGAAUUUUAUUUUGUGAGACUAUAAGUUUUAAUUAUAAGUUGAACGCUUCUAAAAUAUUAUGCGAUGUGCUUAAAUGUUACUCAAGUGUGUAUAUCGCGUACACUAAUUUACAUACUAUUUGUAUUCAAAUUGUAUUGUAUUCGAACCUCAACGUUCUAUUUAUGAGUUUAAUGUUUUGUACUAUUAAUAAAUUAUUAUGCACCGUUUCCUUCCUUGUAAAUACAUUAAUUACACAAAGUAUUAUGUAUCGUCUGUAUGUAACAUGGUGUACACAACGUCAAUAAAAAUUCUAUGCGAAAUUAUUAUGACGAAAUAUUGCUUAAUUUCAAUUUUUAA